CCGGGCCUGGACGGUGGCCUGGCUGGGUCAGCUCCCGACUAGUGGCCCAGGGCAUGGCUGUGUGGGUCAGGGGAGGUCGCUUUGGCUUUCGCGGGUGCCUAGGCGCUAGCAAGCUGCUAUGUCCCCGUUUUCAGAGUCGCGGGCCUCAGGGCGUGGAAGACGGGGACAGGCUACAGCCUCCAUCGAAGAGCCCCAAGACCCCCAAGAUUUACACCAAGACAGGAGACAAAGGGUUUUCUAGCACCUUCACAGGAGAAAGGAGACCCAAAGAUGACCAGGUCUUUGAAGCCGUGGGAACUACGGAUGAAUUAAGUUCAGCCAUUGGGUUUGCUAUGGAAUUAAUUGAAGAAAAGGGCCACACGUUUGCCGAAGAGCUUCAGAAAAUCCAGUGCGUGCUGCAGGAGGUCGGCUCCGCCCUGGCCACCCCACGCUCCUCGGCCAGGGAGGCCCACUUAAGACACACAGCCUUCGAGGCGGGGCCCACCCUGGAGCUGGAGCAGUGGAUCGACAAGUACUCCCGCCAGCUGCCCCCGCUCACGGCCUUCAUCCUGCCAUCGGGAGGCAAGAGUAGCUCUGCUCUGCAUUUCUGUCGGGCCGUGUGCCGCCGAGCUGAGAGACGCGUGGUGCCUCUUGUCCAGAUGGGAGAGACGGAUGCCAAUGUGGCCAAGUUCUUAAACAGACUCAGCGACUACCUCUUCACGGUGGCCAGAUACGCAGCCAUGAAGGAGGGGAACCAGGAGAAGAUAUACAGGAGGACGGCCCAUCGGACGGAGACCCAGGCUCCUUGAAAUGCCACCUCGGGGGUUGUGGGUCCCUGUGGUGACGGGCAGCUUGCUCUCCAGUGUCCUGGUUCCUGAGGAGCUCGUCAUGAGGUCUUUGCCUCRCAGCCCCUGCCACCUCCCUCGAAGGACCACAGCCCCUGAGAUUUCUGCCCCUGCAUCCCCAGGGCGUCCUGGGUCUCAGAAAGGUCAAGGACAGCCGCAAAGAGGAGGGGCCACGUGGGAAAAAGAAUAAAAGUGGGGAGGCUUGAGCCACGUGUGUGCGGGUGUGAGGGGGACAGGGAGCGGGGACAGCGAGCGYUGCCGGGCCAGCCUCCCGCUCCAGCUGCGGUUGUCAAGGAUCUGCAGUGGCACCAGGGGCCCUUGGAAGUGUAAUCAUGAUUUACCUGCGCCAACGGGGCUUUAAAUGUCACAUUUAUAAAGGGGACAGCAGGCUGGAUUUGGAAGUUUAGUUCACCUCUGAGCCACCCAUCACUGCCACCGUGUGGGGGAAGGACAGCUGCAAAUUGACAGGUGGCUUCAGAAACGCCACCCUCCGUGAACUGAGUGUGGGGUGCAGCUCAGAGACCCUCCAUAGUGGGGAGGAGGCCCUGGGGGAGCGAUGCCGCAUCACAGAGACGCCCCUUCCUGCCAGGGGCCGAGUGCCAAGGGCGAGGUGGCACCGUUCAGCUUAAGGACACAAGACCUUCAGGCCGGGCCAGCCCAAGGCCAGGGAGACUUUGAGGCCUGCUCUGCGCUCUGAGAUCCGUUCCAGGCCGGGUGUCAUCGCGUGUGUCACCGCUCCCCUCCUGCUAUGAGAUGACAUCGCCAGUGCCAGCUGUGUCCUCAGGAAGAGGGAUAUUUAUGAAGGGGAGAGGCAGCCGUGAGAACCUGAGGAUGUCACGCUGCUUAUCGCAGGAAGUGACUUCCAGAAGGGCAGGAGUGGCCAGGCCGAGGUGCCUGGUGAGCUGGUCCCGCAACCGGUCCUUCCUCAAGCUCCUGCUGAGGCCCGGGCGGCUGGUCACUCCAGCAAGUGGGCAACAUGGCUGCCAGCUGCAGGCACACGUCCACCUCCCCCACCCUCUGCUCACUUUGCCAGUGAGGCAGGUGCAUUGGGCGCUGCUGGGUCCCUCUGGCUGACGGGGUGCCCCUCUGGAGCCUUGGGCAGAGAGUGAGGUCCAGGUGCCCAGGAGCGAGAAACACUCUCUCCAGGAGGCGGCCACGUCCAGUGCCACCCCACCCCCUGGUUAGAAUGGGCUGUGCAGAGGUGGGUGCCGGCUGUGCCAACAAGACUGGAAGCUGGAAGCGCCCCCAACUGCUGUGCCACCUGCACGCCCAGACGGGGAGCAGGGCUCCGAGAGCCUGCGGCCAUCACAGCGCUGCCCACAGCGCCAGAUCCACCAGGAAGGGGCACGCUGUACUUGAUGAAGCAACAACCCACGCUGCUGGCCAGGGUGAAGGACCAAGGAGUUCCCAGGGCCUAGGACGCUCUGGAAUAAUGACAUGGAAACGAGGGAUUUCGCCAGACACCCACAGGGGGGUCUUACCUCAGGUUCCCAGGCCCCGCCUCUGGCCCCAUCUUCCCUUCCAUCAGCAGACCUUUCCCUGGGAGACCAGCCAGGGACACGCAGGCAGUUCAGUCUGUGUCCCCAGCCCAGGGGGAGCAGCAGGCUGGCUUGGGUGACCCAGAGAGUGGGCUGUUUGAAAGCGGGCGGGCCUUCCAAAGCCACGGAGGAGCCCCUGCAGAAGGAAAAAUGUAUCCCACUGAGUACACUCAUCAAAAUAGCCUCCCAGAUUUCAAAUCAAGUGGGAAAAGUUAGUAAACGUUCAUAGUCGAGACAUCUAGCCCGGGUUUCCCAACGUGUUAGCGCACAAUCGGCAACCUUGGCUUGCCGCCACUUCACAGGGUAGCAGGGGGUUGUGACACAGCAGCUUGUUUUAUUUAGAAUGGCAGUACCCACGGGGCAUGGUGGUGCACGUCUGUCAUCCCAGCGGCUCUGGAGGUCGAGCAGGAGGAUCUCGAGUUCAAAGCCAGCSUCAGCAAUUUASUGAGGUCGUAGGCAAUUUAGUGAGACCCUGUCUCUAAAUAAAGAAGGUCUGAGGAUGUGGCUCAGUGGUCAAGCUUGCCUUCAUCCUCCAGCCCAAAGUCAAGUCAGACGGCAAUACCAGAGGU